UUUAUAAAACAAAUUAAAAAAGUGCCGCUCCAUCCCCAUCGGUUCCUCCUCGAAUUUGACGCGAUUUUCUUUUCAGAAAAGGAAAAUCCUUUUUUCGCAUGCCAUAAAUAUUCAACGCGAUUCAAAUUUUAAUGCUUCGAGAAAACAGAGGAAAAAAGAGAAUAUAACGCGCUUUUUAGUUCGCUGUUGACUGAAAAACUCCGUUCAUUUCUUCGAUCCGAUCAUUAUUCUCAGACGAAGUUCAAAUUUUCUGACGGGGUUUAGAUGAAGUCAGAAGCUUUGAUUUUAUAUUUUCAACAGCUGAUGAAGAUAUGCCUGUUGUUGUAUAGUCUACUUUGCAGGAUAAUGAUGUUUUCUCCAAUUAGCACAGCUUUGGAUUUGUGAAGGUUUUUUUUAUGAGGAACACCGAUUUGUAGAAAUGUCUGAAGCGGAGUGCCCUUUGUUAAACCAAAUGAGGAUGCCAGAGAUUCAGUUGGGUGCUCAUACUGUAAGGUCUCAUGGGGUUAAAGUUGCAAGGACUCACAUGCAUGACUGGAUCAUUCUUUUGCUUCUCAUUGUGAUAGAGGUCAUUUUAAAUGUUAUAGAACCAUUUCACCGCUUUGUCGGAGAGGAUAUGAUGACUGAUCUGAAAUACCCAAUGAAAGACAAUACCGUUCCCUUUUGGGCCGUUCCUAUGCUUGCGAUAAUGCUUCCACUUUUUGUCAUUCUUGUAUACUAUUUCAUCAGAAAGGAUGUUUAUGAUCUACACCACGCCAUACUGGGCCUUCUGUUUUCUGUGCUUAUCACUGGUGUUAUAACUGAUGCUAUUAAAGAUGCCGUUGGUCGGCCUCGUCCAGACUUCUUUUGGCGUUGUUUCCCUGAUGGAAAAGGGGUUUUUGACCCUGUGACAAAGGACGUUAUGUGUACUGGAAUAAAGAGUGUCAUCAAGGAAGGACACAAAAGUUUUCCCAGUGGUCAUACUUCAUGGUCGUUUGCAGGUCUUGGAUUUCUUGCACUAUACUUGUCUGGAAAAAUCCGGGUAUUUGAUCGCCAGGGCCAUGUGGCAAAGCUAUGCAUCGUCUUCUUACCAUUACUUAUUGCUGCUUUAGUGGGAAUUUCUCGAGUUGAUGACUAUUGGCAUCACUGGCAAGAUGUUUUUGCUGGGGGUCUUCUAGGGCUAACAGUUUCAUCAUUUUGUUACUUGCAAUUCUUUCCGGCACCAUAUGAAGUAGAUGGGUGGGGGCCUCAUGCAUAUUUCCAGAUGUUAGCAGAGUCUCGAAAUGUGAAUCCAUCCAACGGCUCAAAUGUACAACAAGCAGAACUCGAGAGUGUAUAUGUGGAUUCACAGCAUUGCAGGGAGUUAUCGAGAGUGAAUACACAUGACUCGAGCCCUAUUCUUGAAGGAACGAACGGUAGGAUGGGAUAUUGAGAGUAUUGAAUGUUAAGAGUGUACAUACAAUCAUCAGAUGUCCAUAGCGUUUGAGAUUAAGUACAACUAUUUUGGGGUUACACAUGGUUUUACUUAGAUAUUGAAAUAUGGAUCUGAGAUUAUAUUAGAAUUUGAUAUUUCUUAAUUCAUUUUCAUGAUUAUGUUGAUCUCAGAAA